AUGCCUCCCCCCUUGAUGCCGUCACUGGUAUCACGAGGGGCGACCGGAGCCCCCGGAACCUCGUAUUUAAACAUUGCAGAUGCCAGAAGCCAGCGCUCCCGCGCCCUCUAUCGUUCAACUUCACCGCGAAAUGCGAAAAUGGCGACGACGGGCAAAGUAGAAGUUGUCAAAGUUACACAUAAUCAGCUGAAAAGAAGGGUGGAAACUCUGAAGAAAGAUGCAGGUCAUGAAAGGCGUGAGGAUCCAAAAGAGAAAGCAUCCUCACAGAUGUGUGCAGCAGAAAAAGCAGAGAAACAUCCUACCAAGUCACGUUCUACAAAGGCACGUAGGGAAAAGGAACAGCGAAAGCCAGAUCAACAGUUAUAUAGGCCAGGCAUGUCCCGUAUAGCAAAGAAUUCUUCAUCGCCAGGAAGUGACUUGAAUUCUAGCCGAGAGGAAUCACCAACCAAACCUGUCCAGGAUCCAGUCAAUUUGAGUGAGAUUGGAUCCAAAGGGGACCAGGUCUGCAAUGUUCAUGAAGAAAAUCAAUCCAAAGAGCCAGCCCCAAAAGAAGAGGCAACGCAUGGAGCUGAACCUGAACAUAGCAAGAAACAAGGAUACGAGAGGUCAGGGACAGAAAAUGCACAGAGAGGAGGCAGGAAUAGCAGUAGGAAUGAUCAAGUUGACAGACAAGCCGAGAGUGGUGGUAGCCAUUCCCAUUGUGGAUCAAGACCAUGGGAUAAGCAGGAACCCGUGCAUCAUAGAGAACAACAGGGUUCACGUAGACCUGGUAGAGAGGAGUCUUCAAAGAUGUCCAGGGUUGGGAAGGCACCAUCUUUACAUAAUGAACAUGCAGAUGAAGACACCUGGGAAAUCAAACCAGAAGAUUGGGAAGCAGAAACUACAUGUAAAUCUUCAGGAAUCAAGCUCAACAAGGGUCAAAGUGCACCUAAACAUGCGCAGAGUCGCAAUAGAAGCCAAAGUCACCAACAGCAUGUGCUAGGUCAGAAUAGGAAUGAUAGCCCACCAAAACAAGUGCAUAAUCGCAAUGGAAAACAAAGACCUAGUGAUGACGUUAGAAAUAAGGAUAGAAAGCAAAAUGUUGAUGAUGAUCCUAAAGUUCCUGAAAAGAGACCACAGGAAAUAAAGAGUUUGAUGGGUAGUGAUUGGGAUAAGGAGUUCGAGCAACAGUACCAAGCUCAACAUUCCCCUAAGAAGACAGACCCUCGUCAUAAAGUUACAAAACAAAAAGAGACAGUAGAACAGCUUCCACAGAGCAGAAGAGCUUCAGGGAAAGCUAAUGCUAGACAAGACCAUGGACCAAGGACAAGCAACAAAAAGGGUCACUCAUAUUCAGAGGUAGACUCAUCACAACAUGAGCCUAAGAAAGAUCUUGUCAAGUCAUCCAGGCAGAAUUAUGCUUCAGAAAUACAGAAGCUACGAGCUAAGAAAGAAAUGAUGGAAAGAGAGAAUUCAAGUCAAGAAGAAUUUGAAACUGUGUCUAGUGCAAAAGAUCUACAGAUUACAGUUAAAACAGGGUCUGAGGUUGAUGACAGAUUGCGGGUGGUACAGGAAAAGCCUGCCAAAAGCUACUCUUCAGGUCAGUCUCGGCAGAGGAUUGACACAGACUCCAAGAGGAAUGAGAAAACUGAUAAGGGACCUGUUUUGACAAUGUCUGGUGAAUGGGAGGAAGAAGUUGAUGAUCUUAACUUUCAUGUUGAAUCCAUGGUCAUUACUAAUCGUAAGUUUCAAAAGAAAGAAUCUGAUAAACCUGGAAGAUUUGAUAGACCUUUUCAAGACAGGACGCAUCCACAUAGAGAUGAAAGAUGUCAAAAUGAACAUUAUGAUGACAGAGAAAGACUGUCUGAGAGACCAGAUAUUGAAGGAACAAGACCACCAACAAGAGAUGAAAGGUCUCAUAUGAAAAAUCGUGAUGAAGUAGGUUAUGGCAGAUCGGAUAAUAGAAGACCGAAAAAUAGAAAUGACAGGUUUCAAAAUAAAGAUUACAGUGAGAAAGACUUUGAGAGACCACACAAUGAUAGGCGGAGACCUCCAGACAGAGAUGAAAGAUAUCAAACUGAAUAUCAUGAUGAUAGAGCCUUAAACACACCAGAUAUUAAAGAAACAAGACCAUCAACCAGAGAUGAGAGAUCUCAAAUGAAAAAUCGUGAUGAAAAAAGUUUUGGGAGAUCAGAUAAUAGAAGACCAUCACAAAGAAAUGACAGAUUUGAAGAUAGAGAUCUUAGUGACAGAGAAUAUGAGACACCACAUGAGGAUAGGCGAAGACUUUCAGAAAGAGGUGAAAGGCAAACUAUGCAACAUGAUUCACAAACGUUUCAUUCAGGAAGCUCCAAUAAUGAAAGAAAAGAACAAAGAAAUGACAGGAAUAGAGAUAAGGAUGAACCAUACCUAUCAGGGAAUGAUAGUCGAUAUAGGAAUAGAGAGGAAUCUUACAGACAAGGACACAAUAAGCAAUCUGUGGAUUCAGGGCGAUCUGGUAAGUCUGGAAGUGACAGGCAGCAUACAAAUGAUGAAGAUUCAAAACGAUCAGGAAAUGGACGUCAUGAAGAUGGGAGAAAAGCUCCUGAUAAAAGGUAUGAUCAAGACGGAGGUCGGCAUAGUGGGGAACCACAAAGACACCACAAAGACCAAGAUGAGCGGAGGCGCUAUCACUCUGGGGGUAAAAAGGAUGCAAGGAGACAUCACAUUUCUGUGUCUAGCGAUGAUAGUUCUGAAAUACAUGGGAGAAGGAGAGGCAGUAGUGAAGCUGAGGAGUCUGGUACUAAGCAUGGAGGGGGUAUACUGAGGCUGCCUGGGAAGACAGAACAAGAGAAACCUAAACCUCAAGGUAAUUAUGCUCCUGUGUAUGAUCAGUACUAUCAUCCUCCUGAGGAACAUACUGAUGCACCAGUGCUUCCUGAUGAAUUGAAGGCCAAGCCAAAGGGACGUACUGGUGACCAAAGCCGCCUCUGGGACCCUAGUAAGCCAAAUCAAAAGCCUGCUUUGCAGCAGCAUCAAACGAAGCAUGGGGAACUGCAUUUCCAGGACCCUGAGUCAGACAAAGGAGAAUCCAGGGGAGAGGGAACACCACCUGCCACCUUGCAAGAGAAUUGGAAUUCAUACAUUCCAAAUUUUCCACCUGGAUUUGCUGGGAUGGUGCCGCCUCAUUAUGGGUACCCACCUCCUCCGCCUGGCUACUCAGUGCCCACUUCUUCCUGGGAAAACCAACCUGACAGAACCCAGUCUGGUAAUUCUCCCCUUCCUCCACCUUAUAUGAUGCAGUAUCCACCACCCUACGGUAGACAACCCCAUCCACUACCCCCUGGGAUGCCAUAUCACCCAGGAUACCAAAAUCCGCCCCAUGCUGCCAUGAUGCAGGAGCACCUGUCUGUGAACCGGCAGUCAGCUCAGAAACUCCUACGGGAUGCUGCUCGUUGUGAGACGGACCUCUUCAAUGCAUUGAGUCAUGGCAUCUCAACCAGGGAGAUGCUACAGCAACUCCAAGGCAAGCAGCAAGAGCUAGAACAACUCUAUGAGGGCAUCAUUCUCUUAGACCUUGACCUGUGUAAUCAGUAUAAUGUAGAGCAGAUGCUGUGGAAGAAUUGCUAUUAUCAGAUUAUAGAAGCCCUGAGAAAGGCCAUACAGGAACAACCUAAUGGAGACAGCUACAAAGAAGAUCUUCUAGAUUUUAUGCAUCAUGGUACUACGUUCUAUGAAGGGGUGCUGAAUAAGCUGCAAUCAACAUAUCACUUCCAGUUAGAAAAUCGUACCGGUCUAGAUCCCCUUCAUGAAGAACCAAGAAGAUCAAUUAAAUUGGCCCUAUUGAGUGCUCAGAGAUGCAUGAUAGCACUUGGCGAUAUAGCCAGGUACAAAGAGCAAGCCAAUGAGACCAACAACUAUGGGAAAGCAAGGAGUUGGUAUAUGAAAGCACAGCACCUUGCUCCAAGGAAUGGAAGACCUUACAAUCAGCUAGCUAUCUUAGCCUUGUAUACGAGACGUAAACUUGAUGCAGUCUAUUUCUAUGUGAGGAGUUUAGCAGCUACCAAUCCAUUCCUUACAGCCAGAGAAAGUUUGAUGACCUUAUUUGAGGAAGUCAGAAGGAAGGUUGCUCACAAAGAGCAAGAGGAAAUUGAGGCAAGGAGAGAGAUGGAGAGAAGAAGAGAACAGAGGAGAAAGAGGAGGAGGCCAUCUCAAGAUGAGAACAGGGGAAGGAAAGAGGUCUGGAUUGCUCACGAUGGGAAGGUGGAAGGAGGAGAGAGGAUGGAAGAGGAAGAAGAUGAAAUAGAGAAAUGGGAGAAUCUAUCUCACCUUUCGGCUGCUGAGCUCAACAAGAAGUUUGUGCUAAGUUUCCUGAAUGUCCAUGGGAAGCUCUUCACAAAAACAGGGAUGGAGGCAUUUGGUCAUGCGAGAGAUCAUCUAUUGCGAGAAUUCAAGGCACUCUUAGACCAUUCACCCUCAGCUAUCCUGAGUACAAGACUCAUUCAACUCAUGGCUAUCAACAUGUUUGCUGUAGCUAACAUAUCUCCUUCAGGUGACAUCCCCCCUACAGCCGAGGGUUGUCCACCUCUCCUACAACAAGCCAUCCUGCUUGGUCUUCACAUGUUUGCCUUACUAUGUUUAAGAUGCUGCUCACUCUUACAAGAUCAUCUACAAGAGCAGAGUGGAGAUCAGAGUGUGUUGUCUCAGGAUCUUCAUGAGCUGCUCCCUGGUGUCAAGGUCUAUGCUGACUGGAUGAUGUGUCAUCCAAAGCUUUGGAACCCUCCUCCCAGCUCAGAUACUACCUCCUAUUGUGCAUCGCUUGAUGUUUGGUCUUCGGUGGCACAAUUCUUGAACCUUGUAAAGCGAGUGCCUGUACCUGAUGUUAAGUUUGCUGUCAAUGGUGAAGAAGACAACUUAGAAGUAUUGUUACCAGAAGACAUGGCACUGUCGGGCUUUGUACCUCUUAUGGCUCUUCCUCUUCAACCUGUAUUCAUCCAAGCUGAUACAUCCAAGAUUCUUGCCAAUGAUCGUGUUCGCCUGGACUCACUGACCAUGUUUGGUGAGUAUUUGAGUGGACAAGAGACCCCUCUUAUCAGCUUCUCAGUCAAGACGGAUUCUUAUGUCUCAGUAGCACCCAAGGCACCGCCCUCCAGAGAGACAAAUCAAAGCUACCGUCAAGAAGAAGAUCAUGAGAUAGGAGGAUAUGACAAUGAUGAUGUGAUUGUGAUGGAUUCCUACACGGAAGAUGAACCACCUCAUGGAGAUGGUACAAUCAGUAGAUUGAGAGAAAGGAGAGACAGUUUAGAGAAACAACUCAGGGAUAGGGAACUAAGAGAAUCCCAUAUUCAGGCCAUUGUUGAGAGUCACCGUUCCCAACGUCUUCUGGAGAUAGUCAUAAAGCCUUACUAUCUUAUACCAGACACUAACUGCUUCAUUGAUCACCUACCAGCUAUCCAGAGAUUGGUGUUAUGUCAGAGAUACCUCAUGGUGGUCCCUCUUGUAGUGAUCAACGAGUUGGAUGGCCUAGCCCGUGGUAGUAGGGAAGGCCAGUACAGUGACCCUCACCAUGCGGUCAAGGUUCAACAUGGAGCUAGGUAUGCUGUAGAGUAUCUUGAGGAGGAGUUUGCUAACAGGAACCGUUACCUCUGUGCCUUGACCUCUAAAGGAAGUAUCCUGGACAGUAUUAGGUUCAGGAGUGAGGAUGCUGAUUGGAGGGGUAACAAUGAUGACCAUAUUUUGAGAUGCUGUAUGCAUUACUGUUUAGAUGAUCCAAGGCAAUAUAUGCCAGCUGAUAAAGAUGCUCCUCUGCAGAUUAAGCGAGAGGUUGUUCUGUUGACGGAUGACCGGAAUCUGAGGGUGAAGGCUAUCCAGCAGAACGUCCCAGUCAGAGACAUCAUCAUGUUCAUCAGAUGGGCCAAGGUAUGAAGGAAGUCAUCCUGGAGGAUGUCUUCCAGAAUGUAACAGUUGAGUUGUUCAGCAGUGUUCAUCUAAAUCUUGAUGAUAGACAGGUUGUUUAAGCUGGCACCAAAGAUGAAUGAUUGCAAGUAGUUCAGAGUGAUGCCACUUUACAAGCUGAAGCAUGACUUCAGGCCCUUUCAUUUAUUGUCAGGCAAUGCAAAAGUGGACUUUAAAGAUUCAUUCUAUAAUGUGCCAUUUGUAUGACUACUUUAAUACGCAAACUCUCUGGGUAUUUGCAUUUUGAUCAAGUAGGAAGAAAAUUUGUGAGAACAAAUUUAGAAGGAAAUACUGGGCAUACAUGCAUACCAUGUGUGCAUGUACAAGAAAGACCAGUGUGAUGAAAUUUCUUUCCUUAAGCAACUCCUAUGUUUGCAAUUGAAAGCUAAAGUCUUAUUGCUCUUGUGCAUUUACCUGGUUCAUCAGCAGGCAGAGGGACUUGGCACCCUAUUAAAAUGAAUUGUUAUUACAGGCAAUUUGUAAAAUACAUUGCUGACAUCAUGUAAUCUUGCCUCUUUUUUUUCCUUAGAUUUUUCUCUUGUUCCUUAUAGAAGAGAGUUUUCAUUUCAUUUCAGAAUUUUACACAUUUUGUUGACCUAAAUAGACCCUCUCGAUAGCCUUGUAUUUGGGACUGAGUGUCAUUAUGCUGUUCCAUUAUCAUUGAUUCGAUUCCAAGCGUUUUAAAUCAGCACCACUUCCAGGUCUUUCACUCUUAUAACAGUGAAUGAGAAUGCCCAACCAAUCAGCCUCUUUUUCCCCUUUUCCAUCCCUUGAUUGGCGAAAUGCAUAACCACAAGCCAAUUAUCAGCUGGCUGCAGGGUCUUUUCCAACUUUCACUAUAAACCCAGUGUGUUCAUAAUAUUCCUUGUAUUUUGUGUUCACUUUUAUCAAGGAAUAAAAAGUUGUUGCAACCCAUAUACUACUGCUCGGGUGAUGAAACCUCAUAUACCAUUAAAGGUCGAACAGUCCUAGUUGAAAUACACAGCUGCGUUAACAUGGUGUCUGACUGGAAAGUCAUUUUAUUUUUUUAUUUGGCGUCCUGUGUGGAUGGCUUAAUUUUUGAAGAUAGAGAGAGAUUUGUGUUAUUACUUGAUAAAUCAUCUUUUUUCUUAAACGAAAAGUGAAUUUUCCAAAAUUGGAGACAGAAAUCUUGUCACCCUUGUGCCAAUGUUUGUUUAAUGGAGUGUUUAAUUAAGUUAGGUUUUUGUGCCAAAGAUCUUUCAUUCUCAUGAAUAAUAUGUAUCCACAUCGUGAAGGUCUGUCAUAACCUGGUCUUGAUUCUCAUAAUGUUGUAGUCUGUCACAAGGAAUGUAAACAAGCAUUAUGAAUCAGAUUUUAUUGGGCAUAGACAUAGGGGGAAAUUCAGAUGAUCUCCAUGGAAGAGUUGUGACAUAUUCAAAUAAAACUCAAACUGAGAUCGAUCUCAAAAUUAUUAACUAGAUUUUCAAUUCAAUUUGUGUUUGAUGUAAAUAAAUUGCAACUCUUUCCAAGACAGGGCAGGUCUCAUUUUCAUGUAAAAAUGUAUUUUUUGUAGGAAUCUUUGCAUUAUUGGUUGUUUCAAAUGAUUCUUAGGUGGUAAAAAUACAUUUUUGCCUUUGUCUGGCACCGUCACUAUUGGAGUGCCAAUAGUCAUAAAAUUCUUUGGAUUUAUUUAUGAAUUGAAUUUUAGUCAGACAAAAAUAAAUGAAUUUUUCAUGUUUUCAGGGACAAUCGACAGCCUUAGGUUAUAGAUAAUAUGAUCUGAUUGGUAGGUAAAUAGUUCAUUUGCUUUCUUAGUGGAACAAAAGUCAUAAUGUUCAUGUCAAGUACUGAUAAUCCACUCAAAACCUUGUUGAAUAUCUUGAAACACUUUUAUAAAAAAAGAGUUAAUCCUUAUUUACCAUGGACAAUCAUUUAUUAUGUACAUGUUCUUGUUGCAACAUUUUCACAAGAAAAUAAAUGUGAAUGUUUUUCAAACUA